AGAUACCAUGGCAUGCAACUUGCCAAUGCACAGCCCAUUUCAUCUCAUGGCCAGGAGUUCAGAUGCUAGACAUUGGAUCAUCUAAUUUCUCAUGAUCAAUGUUACAUGAAACAUAAGGUCCGAUUUUUCCCAGAGGUAUCCUGUUUUGGUCAUCCAGCCAGCCAUCUCAUGGCCGAAAUCCAACCAUGGCUCAGAAACCUGGACAGCAUGCAAAUGAAUGGCAUCGAAUCCUGUUUUGAGAUUAGCUAUCUGAUGACUAUUGGCUAAUUCUUGAACUUAAAUCCUAAACCCACGUCCAUUGAUUUUUUAUUUUCUUUCUGUCAUCAUCGCUUGGCUUGCUCCAUGAUUGCUUAAAUGAAUCGUCAAAAGGGAAGUGACUUGACACGGAAGCCCAACUGCAGCAUGUAAAAAAUUGGAGGGAAGUCGAAGUAGUCAACUCUCUGUUACCAUUUCAGUUUCCACCCAAAUAUACAGAGAGGAAACUGAGACUGGGUGGGAGAGGAAAUGGGCAGCCCCUCUUUCUGCUCAUUCAGAUUUGCAAUUUUCCUGUCCCUCUCUCUCACAGCUUCAUCAUCAUCUCCCUCCAUCUUCCCAUUCAAAUCACCAUCACCAUCUUCAAUCCCAAAAGCCACGCCAUCUGAUCUACUCUCCCUCUUGGGCCCUCCAACCCAAUCCUCCAAAAUCAACCCUUUAAUCUCCCAACAACUCUCUUCUUGCCUUAAAUUUCUUGUUCCCUUCACUCCUUCAAAACCAAAAACACCAAAAUAUAACAGUAUCAGUGACUGUUAUAUUAAGCAAAGGAGUCUCAGACUCCAUUCUAAUAGCGCGAUUAGCGUUGAGAGAAGCAAGAGUGAAGAGAAUGAACUCAUUUGGUGGCCACCUGAACCUGUCCUUGAACUGGCUCGGCUUGCGCUUGAUUCUGGUGGAGACCCAGCUUCAAUACACCGAGCUCUGGAUCCUACUAUCUUGCCUGUGCCUGAUGUUGAACGAUGCCAAGAGAACAAAUGUGGGCUUACUAGAACACCAUAUGGAAGAAGGUUCAUAAGUGAGGAGUUGAAUUCUUAUAUUAAAUUUUUGUUUGAGCUCAUUGUUGCUCGAGGACCGUCAGUUGGGUUUAAUGUAUCUUUGAAUCGAUAUGAUUUGUUUCAUGGUCAUGUUUUCAUUGCCAGGGAAACAGGAAGACUUGGGAUAUUGUUCCAUGCUAGAGAGUACCCCGCAUAUGAUAAAGAAGUAUUUCCAUACAAUAUGGGAUAUUGCCAGAGAGGUUCUACUGUAACUUACGAUGAUUCAAUGAAUUUGCGAAACAUUCUCUUGUUGCUUCCAUUGCCAAGCAAUUCCAUUAAAGCUUGGGUGGCACCAGGAGUCCUAGUCGUGCUGGAUGCCCGUCCUGGUGGAAUCAUAUACAGGGAUCUCAUACCUGAAUAUGUAAACAUUGCAAGGACCAUAUAUGAAGAUGAUUUGGGAGAAGUUGUGGUUGAUGUCAACUACUUGAAUGUUGGAGACACAGUUCCUGAUUAUCAGAUCUUCGUUUGCUGAAGUCCUGCUCAAGGCAGCCAUCACUCGCUCUCUUUUACAGCACUGCUAGAUACACCAUAAGAUGUUCUCACUCCCAUCAUUCUUCUUUCUCAAAUAACAUUAUCAGAUCCUCUUGCUUUCCAGCCACCACUUGUUCUCUUUUAUUCAUUUUUUUUUGGUUUAGAUAUCGAUUUUACUUGAAUAUGACAAAAUUUCUUUCUUUGUAAGUAUUUAAUAAUAGCACAUACGAUGGAAGAUUUUCUUGUAAUUACAAUAAUCGACACGAACGAAUUACAUGCAAUAAUAUUUAGAGUAACUUGGACUAUCA